AUGCCUCACAAGCACAGGCGCAUCGAAGACGACGACUCGCAAUUCGACCUCCCACCCACCCUCCACGCCGCUCCUCUCGCCGUCGGCAAGGCUCGCACAUUCAAUAGCGCUCCAAAGACCAAGAAGCGAAAAGUAGCCCAAGUCGAAGGUUAUGGCGCAGACGACACUCCCAAGGCCUUUCAGCGCCUCAUGGCCUUUUCCAGCGGAGGCCAGAAGAAGCGCUCAGGCCUUGACGAUGGCUCCGUGAAGCCCAAGAAACAGAAGAAGGAACAACAGUCGGCGACAACCGCAGAUACGACCAAGGAGGAAAAGAGCACAAAGACCGACGAGCAGCCAACACAGCCAACCCCGGCAUUGAAGAUCCAGCCCGGAGAGUCCAUGGCCGACUUCCGUGCCCGUGUAGAUCAGGCCCUCCCACUAUCAGGUAUCGCAAAAUCUGGCAAGAAGAUUGCCGGCCUCAGCGACCACCGUGUCACCAAACACGAACGGAGACUCAAGCGUCUACAAAAAGGAUGGCGAGAAGAGGAAGCAAGGUUACGCGAAAAGGAAAUGGAGCGAAGGGAACUAGCAGAGGAAGAAGAAGACGAGCUGGAUGCCAUGUGGGAAGACCAUACCGCCGACCUCCCUACAAAACGAACCGUAGACGGUAAGAAGAAGAAGGCCAAAAAGGGCAAGCGCAAGCUCAAGGUCGGCGAAGUCGCACAUGACAGCGAAGACGAGUGGGAGGCCCUCAAGAAGAAGCGAGAGGAGAGAAAGGGACUCAACGAUAUCGUUCAUGCUCCUCCAACAUUCACAAAGACUCCAAGAGAAAUCUUCAAGGUCAAGAAUGGUGCGGGUGCGAAGGUUGCGAAUGUACCGAAUUCCGCGGGUAGUCUGAGCAAGAGAGAGCAGUUGGGCGAGGAGCGCCAGAAAAUGAUUGAUGCUUAUCGGCAGAUGAUGGCUGCGAAGAAGGCUUGA